AUGGCACUGUAAACAAUAAAAAGUUUCCCUAGGAGAUCGAAAAUUUUGCCCAGCAUGAUGAAUGUGCCACGCCACAAUUGAUUUGAAAAACAACAAAAAAAAACAACUCUAAAAUAUGACGUAUGCCUAAUUCGUAUCGAACUGAAAUAUUUUAAAAUUAUAUUUCAUGUAAGUAGUACAUAGAAAAUGAAAUCUACGUGAUUCCAUCAAAUAACUGAGUCAUGAGACUGACUUCCUACGUCGUGAAUAAUUUUCUACUCGUAAUAAGAUUGCGAUUUUUAUUAUUAUUAAGUGCAAUGUAUCAUCAUUCCAUGAUGAGAUACUGUGGUUAGAUGCUUGUUGAAAUAAAAGUAAGCAAAUGCGAUCAUCUGAUAUUGCUAAUUAGUUUCGUCAAAUAGGUACUGGCCAACUUCGUAGAUAACGUUCGCCAUGUAUAUGUAUAUUUAGGUGUUUACCGGGGAUUACUUGCGUGCUCUCUCUAGUUUUCCAAUUUCAUUUUUGUGUGGAAAGAGAGGGUAGUAAAAAUUAUGAUAGGUUGCUAUAUUUCUUUUAUCGUUUAAGAAAUAAUUCGUUGAAAUGAACAUACUGAAUUACCGGUGCGUACAUCGAUCUGCACAAUUGUUCGUUAGAUAAACAAGAGUUCUGUUUUAUUUCCUCCGGAGUGAUUCGAGUGAAUUAUCCAAAAUUGUGAUAAAGAUGAAAUGGCAAUGACUGAAGAGUGUGACAUUCAAUUUGUGUGAUCUUCACAAAUUAUUUUAAUAUUAUUCGAAUACCUAAGAGGAUUCAUUCAAUUGAUUACCUAUUUCAUCAAUCGACAAUAGAACGACCCGUCAAUUAGGUUUUUUAAUCAUAAAACAUGAGUGGCCUUACCUAUCAGUUUAAAAAUUAGAAACGUACCUAUUUUUAAAAGGAUAUUUCAUUUAUGUUUCUGUGUGAACUGAGAAAUAUGAAAAUGUACCAUCGUAUCUGCGCUUUUACUUACUUAAAUAAUGCCAUAAUGUUUCAUCAGAAUCAGAAUAACCUUGAAAUUUUCCAUUUGGAAUGCAUUUUUGGUUUAGAUCGCAAUGUUUUCAUAGGAUUGUGUGAUUUUGUGCGGAAAUUUAAAAAAAACAAAAAACAAAAAAUUUCUUACUCACUUUUCUCAGCCCCAUAUGAAUUAUUUUCCAAAAUUUUUAAUAUGUCGUAUAUAUCUGUAGGAGGUAUCCCCAUAAAAAUUUUCAACCCCCUCCCCUCAUAUUUACCUCUCAAAAUUGUGUAAAAAUGUGUCUUAGGAAGAGUUCGGUGUAAAAUGGAAAUUUUUGGGAAAAUAACUGAGUAUUAAUGAGUAGGGUGUCGUUUUCUUAUGAUUAGAUAUCGCUGAGCACGAAUAUGACGUCAGAUUUUUUAAUACACUCAUCUAGCCCUCUCCAGAGCACUUGACCCCCUCAAUUUUUACUAUUGGUAAAAAGCAUAGAAUAAGUUGAAAAACGCUAAAAUGUCGAUGCAUUUGCUUGGGACAUCCCUCAUAGACCCGGCCAUUUGGGGCCUCUUAUUAGUGGGAAUGACACCACAUGACUAGCGACCUUGCAUGCCUUCAAACACAAAUAGUUCAUGUAUUGUAGGGACUAAUUUUCAAAUUCUUUUUCAUCGACUACUGGGAGGACGUGGACAAUUCUUCAGUUUUCACAUAAACGAUAACCACACAUGUGAUUACUUUCACAAAGGCAUAUUUUUGAACAUGUUUCGCACUUGUAUGCAACAUAAGAAACACAAAAUUUAUGCUCUUUGAAGCAUAUCCAUUACAAUUAUCACAAUGAAUUGGGUUUUCACUGGCAAGGUAUUGUGCCUUACCUAUGUAUAGAGGACACGGUUCUUUCUUUUUAUUUUUACAGUUAUGCUUACCUAUUCUUAUUUCGGUAAGGCUUAUUGCAAUAAUUAUUUCACAAAUAUGACUGUCCAUGAAAUCCUAUCAUAGGUAUAACUACUUCAAAAUAAAUUACCUUGUUUGUAUAAGAAAAUUUCUAUCUUUUUUAGCUUCUUUGCCUGCAUAAAUAACAGUACCUAUUGAAAUUCUCAUUACAGACAAUUUUAAUCUGAAUAUCUAAUUCGUCUACAUUACUUAUAUAAUUUAAGGUGAAUCCUUCAUCAUUACAAUCAUUAAGCUGUAAGCAUAAUUUCUGGACCAAUUCACCUUGAAUAUUUCUGUUGGAGAAUGUCUUUUACUUACCUCUAUUUGAAUAUUUCUGUUGGAGAAUGUCUUUUACUUACCUCUAUUUAAUCUGAAUAAGUAGAUAUCUAAUUCUUCAACAUUACCUACUUAUAUGUAUAAUUUAAGGUGAAUCCUUCAUCAUUACAAUCACCAAGCUAUAAGCGUAAUUUCUGGGCAAAUUAACCUUGAAUAUUUCUGUUGGAGAAUAUCUUUUACUUACCUCGCUGAAGAUUUACAACUGCCACCAGAGAGAAUAAUUCUGCGCCACACCAUUUGUAAUUUUUCAAAAUUUCAAAACAUGAAUGAUAAUUAGCCUUGUUUACGGAAGUUAAGUAAGAAAUGUAGUACCAGGAUGGACAGCAAUCAAUCUGUUUUGAAUGCAUAAUGAACUUUUUUCUAAUCAAUAAUUAAUUUAAUUAAAAAAUAAAAUAAAUACAACAUGAUCCCUUCAAGUUCAAACAUUCAAACGCACAGUAUUGAUAAUAAUAAUAGGUGAUAUGUUUCACUACCUCUCAAGACAAGUAUUGAAAUUCUCAUUACAGACAAUUUUAAUCUGAAUAUCUAAUUCUUCUACAUUACUUAUAUACUUAAUUUAAGGUGAAUCCUUCAUCAUUACAAUCACUAAGCUGUAAGCAUAAUUUCUGGGCCAAUUCACCUUGAAUAAUUCUGUUGGAGAAUAUCUUUUACUUACCUCUAUUUUGAUAUGUAGCUUUUAUGAGUUCCUCCACAACUACUACAGUUUCUCGAAUUUCAGUUAUUGUUUCCUUGUCUGAAACACACAAAAAAAAAAAAAAUUAAAAAGUAUUUGUAUCUAUACUUGGGUAAUUUUUGAAUUUGGAUAAUUCAAUUUGCCAAAAAUAUUGCAGAAGAUGGAAAAAUUGGCAUAUUUGAAUUACUAGUGACUUGUGGUUGGAGAGCACCGUGUAACGUGACAGAGACGAGUAGGUAAUCCGUACUCGUAAUAAGCAAAGAGACACUCAGUGUUGUGUAAGUAGGUUCGAAUGCAUUUAUUACACAGCCAAUAAAAAUUAUUAAGUACACAGUAUACAAACUAUACAAAAUAUAAUUACAACAAAUAAUACACCCAAAAAUAAUCUUUAUUCGAAUAAGUUCUUUCUUCUCUGUGGUUUAGUAAACUCGUGCCUAUUAUUUCAACUUCUUCAAAAAGACUAAAUGAGACUGAAGUCUACGCUUUGAUGUUUCAUCAUCAUGACAUUCAUGACCGUAGUGAGGAUAAUAUUCUGAGGAUUAGUAUUCACAGUGUGUUGUAGACUGAUGACGUUAUGGUUUAAGACAUAGUAUCUAUUGUUGCAUCUGUAAUAGGAAUCACCAGAAUGUGUUAUAUUAAUUUUAUCAAGAAAUUCAUUGUUUUUUUAUCUAAAUAACUUUGCAUUGUCUCAUUGGCUAACUUGAAUCUGAUUCCUAUUUCUUUAAACUUGACAAGUCUCUUUUUUUGUUUGCCUUUUUCUAUCACUAUCAGGAAUGAACAUUGUUUGGAAAAUUAUUCAUUUUCAAAACGGUAUGGGAUGGAGGUUUACAUGAUGGAUGUAUUUCUUUUCGGGCCCCUGCUGAUCUUUGUAUUUCUAUAUUUUCUCAUUGUCAUCGAGAUAAUUAAAUAAAAAAAUCACGCGCAUUGAUAAAUUUGGAUAUCUGAGUUUCGUUUGCGUUCCUUAGUGAAUGAAAAUGUCGUAGAAAAAGUACCCCCUCAAGGGCCGCCUUUUUCAUUUAUCCGCAGCUUUUUCAGCUGUUGGUGAAGAAUGGUGCGCGCGCUUAUAUUCGCCUCAACAUGUGUUCGGCAUUGAAUUCGAGCAUCUAGCGUCGUUAGAUUGACUUGGUUAUGGGAAAGUCUCAAGUUAGGACGCGAUCGUUGUAGUUUGUCUUGUGUUAUGCGUGCGUAUGCGGCGGCGACGACGACGAAUUAUUUUACGUAACAUUAUGUAAAGAAAAAAAAAAUUGCGAACACGGAGAACGAUUAAAUUUUUUUAAAUUAAAUACUUACAAAUUUUUCACCCUCGAAAAUUUUUUUCCCCCAAGUUGAUUAUUUUUGAGAAUAAUUUACCUAAUAUUUUAAAAAAUGAACGAUAUAACGACCACGUCGACGUCGGCGGAUCCGGAUGCCGACACCGCGGCCAAGAAUUGGUAUAAAAUCGUGGUCGACUAUGCCGAAGGCAAUCAUAACAAUACGAUGGAUAUCACGAAGCCUCAUUUACGCAGUACAUUCGCUAAUUCGUUCGAAUUCGUUAUAUUCAUGUAUUUGAUCAUCAGCGUAUUCGGAGUCGGGGCGAAUUUCGCCGAAAUUUAUUUCAUACUUAAGUAUAAAUUGUACAGAGAUACGACCUACGUGUAUUUGAUCAAUUUAUCCAUCGCUGAUAUCAUCAAGUGCUUGUUUGUACUACCAUUUUCGGUGACUACCUUACUCUUGGAGAAUUGGCUAUUCGGAGGAUUUCUCUGCUAUUUUUUACCCAUGUUGCAGGAUGUACCGACGCACGUGACAAUUUUAUCAAUGCUGAUGAUCGCUUUCGAUAGAUACAGCUUUCUGAAAAAUCCUACCAGAACUCGAUUACCAGGAUUUAUUUUCAGUACGGGGACUUGGCUGACAGCUAUUUGCGUCGUGCUGCCGUAUCCGAUAUAUACGACGUAUAUUGAUUUAGGAGUCCAUUUGAACACGGACGGUACCGGAUUGUGUUUGUUCAAUUUGGAGCAAGAUAUUAAAGAAUAUUGCAGAGCUAUUUCAGUCUCGCUAUUUUUGGUACCAGUGAUAGCUAUUUCGUAUUUGUAUACUCAGAUGGCUCAGAUUAUCGAGGAAAGAUCGGAUGAGACUAUUAUUGUUCAUGGAUUCGAGAUUCAUUUGAAAGGAUCGCUCAGAAGAUAUUAUUCCAGACGGUUUUCUGGCGAUCGCAGAAAAGCUAAUGGCAGCGGCGGGAACAAUUUUUUAGAUAACUACGACACCGAUCCCAAAGAGGAAGAGAAACGUAUACAGAAGUUCUUGAUUGCUAUUUUCGUAACAUUUGCAUUUUGUUUCGGCUGUUUUAUGAUAUUAAGAUUCGUACAUUUAACAAAUGAUGAAAAUUAUAGCAAUACGCACCAUUGGGAUGUGAUGUACGCGGUCAUGAUGUGGUUUGCCUAUGUUCCGUCAUUAAUAACGCCUUUGUUAGUACUGGCAAUGAUCAUAAGAAGCGAGGACAUCUCUGAUCUGAGAAACUAUAUCAGAAUGAAACGCAAAGACACUUACAGACAAAACAUCGACGACGAAGACAGUCAAAUGGUCAGCGUCACUUACAUGUCUAGACCAAGUGCCACCACAAUUUCCACCGAUUUCGGACAACACCACGAGAAAAGCAGCUCGUCGUGAAGAAAUCAGUCGGAAUAGCACAUGUAGCUGGAUUGUUUGGUGAUUGGCGUGAUAAUUUAUACGAAAAUACUCAUCGAUGACAAUAAUUAUUUUUUAAAUCCGUCGAACGCCAGGGCUUCACGGAAGGAUUAAGUAUUUUGAGUUGACGAUGCUGAGUAUAUGAGAGUGUAAGAAAGUAUAGGCAAGGGUUGCAUCCUCUUGAAGGAUACACCUUGUACUUUGGUAAAUGGUAAAAUAUUCGGGUAUUUGAGCCCCUAAUCCCGAAUAUUUUAAAACGAGUCGUGUUUAAAAUUAAUCUAUCGUUAAAUUUAUAUUAUUUGUCAAUCGCAUGUCAGAGGCAGUGUUGCCAUAUUUCAUCGUAUAGAAUUUCGAAAAUAAUUAAUUCGUCUUAUAUAUAUUUUUUUUACAUCUUAUAAACAUUUGGAAAUCGUG